CCUAUAAAUGUCAAAACAAGAAGGAAAUAAGGAAGAUUCCCUUGCUGAUAUAGAUCUCCUUGACCGGAAGGGAGAGGAUACUAAAAUUGGUAAUCCUGACACAGAUCCUACGUUUAAAUAAACAUUAUAAUAAAGAACUGAGAGUCUCUCAAGACGAAGUGCCAAUCGUAUUAAAUGAUCUGAAUGAUAGUGCUAUCAAGUAUAUAUCAAGAGAGCAGUAUGAAAUAGCUCUUGUUUUAUUCCAAAAAGCUCAUGGGAUAAUAAAUGUAAUCUCCCUUGAUCACUGUCGCAGAGAUCAGCAAAUGGCCUUCCUGGUUUUUCAUAAUAUGGCAGCUUGCUAUCAACGGAUGAAUAGUCUUGAGGAGUGAGCAGCCUCAGUUGAAAACUGACUGAGACUCCUUGGAGACUACAGCUCUCUAAAAUAAUCAAUCUAUCUCUCAAAGAAUGGUGCAGAUGGAAAGAGAGUGCAAGGUUAGAAUGCAAUUAUGAGCCCUUCUUUCUCAGCUUCACAGACAUAAAGAUGCUUUAAAUCAAGCUAUUCUGAGUAUCAAGCUAAUUCACGGUCUUUUCAAAGAUCUUGACGCUCUCUGAAAAUUUUAUAUCCAUAAGUCAAAUGAUGAAGAACUUGAAGUAAUUGAAGAGCAUUUACAAAGCAAAGGAGAGAGCUUAAACGAUGACCAUAAGGCUUAUUACGAAUGAAUAACCCAGAUGAUGAAGAGUAAUCCAGAGGCAGCGAUACAAGCCUCUAAAAAUCAAUUAGAUGAGGGUAUCUCUCUCAUGGAGAAGGCUGCUAAAUAAAAUUCAUCCUGUUAUAAAAGAAGUCCUGAACAAACUUAUAAAAGAGAAAAAGAUUAGUCCCAACAAAAAGAUUAGCAAGUUAUUUGAAAUGGAUGAUCCUAACAAUCAGCAAAUUCUUGAAGUUGACAAGGAGAUCGAGGAACUCAUUAAAGAUGAGGAUGCUCAGCUUGGAAUCAUGAGUACUUCCAAGAAUAAAUUUGAUGACAGUGACCUUGACUUCGAAGAAAAACUAGAUAUGAGAUCUGUUCUGGGCUACUUCAACCAAUCCGAAUGGAUAGGAAACAUUAAUAUAGGUAAUAUCAUGCAAAUUAAUCCUCUUAAGAAUGAGGAUCUUAUGAUUAACGCUAAAAAUGAAAACCAACUUACUAGACCAUCCUUCCUUGAGAAGGUUGCUUUGUUAGCUGUAGGAUAUUUUUGUGCAUCAACUGAGAUCAGAUUCAUACUACAGUUGAACGAGGAUCAUACAUUUACAAAGAAAGAAAAAGAACCAGAAUCUGAGUAUUGGCAUGCUAAAAGCUUAGAAAUCGCAUGAUGCUUCCUUCCAAGUGAUUGCCCACUUGUGAACCAUAUUAUGCUGAGUUAUCAGAAACAUCAUUCUCCUGCACAGCAGCCUAUUAAAGAAGAUGAAGAGAAUGAAGAUGAACUAGAUUGUGUAAAGCCAUUAAAUGGAAUAGAAAGCAAUAAAUUUCAACCCUUAAUUCGAAAACUAAAGGAUGUCAAUGUUAUGAUAACACCUUGUGAACUAUCUCCUGCUUACAAGGUGACAAAUAACCUCCUAAAAGAAUAUAAGGAAGGUCUAAUAAAAUAUUUUUCAGAUGACACUCCUGAACAAGAGACAAUGAGAAGGGAUACUUCAAAUCCUUCCCAAAGUAAAUCCAAAAGAGCCCAGUCAAACACUUGUGCUGUUGAAGAGUACAACAACUUCGAUCAAUUAAAGAACUCUUACUCAGUGAAUUCAAACUUCGAAUCUAAAUCAAAAUCCAUAAUUGACAAUCUCUUAGUGCACAAGAAAAGCGUUAUAGAAAUCCUUUCGAAACAGAUGAGCAAUGAAGAGAAGCAGAAACUUCUUAAAAAAGUUCUGGAUGACUUUGACUCUGGAUAUUUUAAGAACAUUUCUGAUGACCACAAAACCCUCAAAGACAACAUUGGCUCCUCAAGUAAUAUUGAGCAUACAAAAUCAAUGGGAAUCGGAGAUGAGAGUCACGAUAGCUUGUUGUGUGACGAAGAAGCUCCUAAUAAGAAUUUGAAAGACAAGAUGACUAGCCAUAGCUUCCAUAAACGUCCUCUAAGUCAGAACACUGUUCUCCGAUCAAAGAGUAGUAGACAAAAGAGAAGAAAGAAAACACCAGUUACUCAUAAGUCUAAGGGGCAGCAUAGUUUAGCAUCUAAUGGUCAUGGUUCUAAUUCUAAGAUGACACAAGACACUCAAGAUGGAGACUACUCUCGGUCAAGGAAGCUUAUUGACGAUAGCAAGUUUGGAAACAAAAAGGCUGUUGUCAACGCUAGUAUGAGACCUAAAUCAUCUCGAGGCAAUCGCUCCUUUGAUUCUUGAGGCAAUAUCAAAGGAGUAAAGCAUGAUGGAGCAAACAAAAAGCACCGUACAAAUGUAUCAGCUGUUUCAAAACCGAAGAAUGAUUUUGGAAAGAAAAAGAACAGCUAUAGCUGUGCUGGCCAGUUUAAUGCAGAUAAAUUACUUGCAAAAUACCGACAAGCCAGAAACAGUACUGGUAUCAGCAAUUCUUUUUCAGGAAUGGAGCAUCCUACCAACAACUUAGUUGCUUCAAUCAGAGAGAAAAAUAGCAGAAAUAUUGAGAAAUUUGGUGAUAAAGCUAUCUUAAAUAGCAAGAUGGAGGUCAAGGAGAGUAACUCUCAGUAUUUAAUAAACUCAGAGACUUUUAAAGGAGAUCCUCACCAUAAUAUGUCAUUUGAUGUCAAUCAACGUCCUAGAGCUAUUAAGAGUAAAAAGAAAAAGGAAGAUGCCAACAAGGCUCUCAUGAACUUUGAGGAAAUGAAAAGGAAAAUCAUGAAGGAUUAUGCAAAGAAGUCUGGAAAAGAUGGAAGACCCAAAGUAUCUCAGCCCUCUCAUAAUAGAAAUACAGCUGGACCAAUUUCAGGAUAUUUCUCAUCUCAGAAAGAAGACUUACUUAAAUAUGACAAGCAUAAAGACUCCAAGAUGUUCCAUCCAAGAGACGACGAUGCUUUAUUUACCAAUGAAAAUCCCUCUAAAAAGAAGAAUGGGAAAAAGUCAGGAAAUAAAAACAAUUUCGCAGCAAUUUACGAUGCCAAUAGCUUUGGGCAUUGGAAUACUAAUCAGCCAAUGAGUCAAAAAUCUGUAAAUAAUGCUGGUUUAUCUCUCAAAGAUAGACCUGGAAGUAACAAGAAGCACACUCCUUCAAAAUCUAAAGCUCCCAGAUCAGCAAUUGGCCAGAAGAGGAAGAGCAAGUGUAGUAAUGGUGGUGAAAUCGGAGGGUCUUACAUUACCUCUCAUAAGCCGACAAAGUCUACCUCAAUUGUUGCAUCUGGAAAAAUUCAUCAAAGUAAGCCAAAAUCUGGCUCUAAAAAGGGAGAGAGCAAAUCCAAAGAUAAGUACAUUUACAAAGAAAGGUCUUAUGAAACUCUUCAGAAGAAUAAAGGGCCGAAUGAUGGAUCAGCAGUCCAGAACUUCCUGUCUCACAACAAAGCUGGGAUCGGUUUCCUUAACCACAAAAUGAAUAGUCUAAAUUUUAUGAAUUAA